AUGGCGCCCCUCAAGCUCUGGGGACUGCUGCUCCUCAGUCUUGGGGCUCUCACGCAUGCCGCCAAGGAAGAUGCCGCAGACACCAAAACGACAUCAACCUCCUCUUCCUCCUCCUCCUCCUCCGAGACUACCUCCUCCAGCUCAUCUACUUCAUCGGACGGCGUCGUCGUCCUCACAGGAACGCACACCUCCUCGUCGGAGGAGUUACCCACAUCGACCAAAGUCUCGACUACUCUCACCCUCGCCUCGACGAGUUCUGUAGACACUGGCAUCCCGAGUGCAACUGAUAAUGCCACCGACACUUCGUCUGCAAUGGUCCUCACCGGGACAGUCACCUUUCUCACUGGGUCCAUCACGACGACCAGCACAGGAACCGUGACCAUAUCGGGCAAUUUCUCCACCAUCCCAGCGACCUCCACAGCCUCCGCGCCUACAGCUACAAACACGCAGCCAUGUAACAACUACGUCGAGCUGUGCGAGCGCAAGUACAGCAAUAUCACCCAGGUGGGCUGUCACAACUCGCCCUUUGUGCAGAAGGGAAGCGCCGCCGCCAACCAGGCCCUGGACGUCACCUACCAGCUCGACGACGGCGUGCGGUUCCUGCAGGGGCAGAUGCACUGGCCCGACAACGACACGGUGCCGCACUUUUGCCAUACGAGCUGCGACAUCCUCGACGCCGGACCCAUCACGGACUGGCUGACCAAGGUGACAAGCUGGGUUUCCUCGAACCGCUUCGACGUCGUCACCAUCCUGCUGGAGAACGGCAACUUCUCGGCCCCGUCCCUGUAUGCGCCCUACAUCCAACAGUCGGGCAUCCUGGACUACGUCUACACACCCCCCUAUCAGCCCAUGAACGUGAGCACCUGGCCGACCCUGGCCGAGAUGAUCAUCUAUAACACACGCGUCGUCAUGUUCCUGGACUAUGAGGCCAACCAGACGGCAUAUCCCUGGUGGAUCGAUGAGUUCAGCAACAUGUGGGAGACGCCCUUCGAUCCGACCGACAACACGUUCCCGUGCACCAUCCAGCGCCCCGAAGGGCUGAGCGUCGAGGCCGGCGAGAACAUGCUGUUCCUCGCCAAUCACAACCUCAACGCAGAUGUCUCGAUCCUCGGAACGUCCAUCCUCGUCCCAGACGUCUCCGCCCUCAACACGACCAACAAUGUCACGGGCACGGGCAGCCUUGGCGACGCGGCCAAUACGUGCAUCGCGGCCUUCAACCGCCCGCCCACCGUCCUCAAUGUCGAUUACUAUAACAUUGGCGGCUCCUACGAUUCGGGCGCGGUGUUCGAGGUCGCUGCCGCCAUGAACAACGUCACCUACAGGGGUGGGUGUUGCGGCCACGCCGUGACCAGCGCUGCGGCUCCGACAGCUAAGGGCCCCAGCCCGCUGUUCUGGUACGAGGGCCAUCAGAAUGAUCGGCGGAGCAUCGCCAUGUUUCUGACAUUCUUGACGCUCUGGAUCAUGUUGGUAUGGUAG